AUGCCACCCAGUGGAGAACUGGUCGAUGAGACAGAUAUCUGGGCGUUUAAUGUACUGAAGCACAGUAAAAUACCCAGGAAAUCUUACGACAUUAUGCCGACCUCAAGUAAAUGUUCAGGUAAUGGUAGCAGAGAGGACAAACCCCAAGAAGUGGUUAUGUCACUAUUCAACAGCGGUCAGCAUAAACGGGAAACGUUAUCCAAGGAUGAAUGUCGAGAGUAUGGCGCUGAGCAUGAUGAACAUGUUUUAGAAACAAUUUCGGAAUUUGAAAAUCGUUGGAAUAUUUCUGCGUGCGAAAGGAUGUUGCCGAACGAAGCAGUUGAAAGUGUUCAACGCCUUUUGCAACUGCCUGCAGGGCUUGACCGUGUUGUAGCUGGCACGUCAGCAACAGCGUUUGAUUCACUCACAUCACCAACACGAACAAUGGAACCACCUCCAGCACCGUCAUCAAUUUUGAAAACGAAAAGCGGAUUCUUGGGCAAGCGACUUGCUGAUGCUUCUGGUGGUAUCUUUUUUUUCUUAUUGAAAUAA